CUUUCCCGCUCCCUCUAGGAAGUUCUAGCAAGAUCCAGUCCUGAGAUCCAGAAGUGAGCCUUUAAAUAAAGGGGGAAAAAACCUUUGGCAAAGGAUGAAGAAAAGAAGGAGGAAGCGACUCUAAAGGGGAAAGGAACCCAGCUGUUUAUGCAAAUGAGUGGGCGUGCCGGGAGAGGGAGACAGGCCGAGCUCGGGGCGAAACCACGCCCCGUAUGCAGAUGAGGAGGCGUGGCCAGGGGAGGGUGUGCUGGGCUCUCCCCGGAAAAGCCAGGGACGCCUUAUAACAAACUACUGAGGCGCAAAGCUUCAGAAGGGAAGCGAGACUUGGAAGGCGGAGGAGGGCAGUAGGACCAUGGCUCCAUAAAGACAUCUCUCCCAGGUUUGCCUUUCAUUCGUGCUGAUCCAGAUCGAAAGCGGGAAUAAAGGAGUCAAAGAGGAAGGGAUUGGUGUUGAUUUGUGGAAAGGAGGAGAGUUUGACGCCGGAGUCAGACCCCGGAGCAUGGCGGACGAGGCAAGCCCCCUCCCCAGCCCCAGCGACGGCUCGCCGCCCCUUCUUCCUCCUCCUCCUCCUCCCGCUUCGCCUUCCUCCCCGUCCUCCUCUUCGUCCUCGUCCUGCGGGUGCUGCUGCUGCGGCGUGGAAGGCGGGCGGCGUUGCAGCGUGCUGAGCUGGGCGCAAGUGCAGCGCCUGGACCGGCUGCUGGGCGAGCCCAUCCCGAUCCACGGGCGCGGGAACUUCCCCACGCUCUCGGUGCAGCCGCGGCGGAUCGUGGACGCGGUGCGGGGCCGGCUGGAGGAGCGGCGCAUCGGCGUGCGGGACGUGCGCCUCAACGGCUCGGCCGCCAGCCACGUCCUCCACCAGGACAGCGGCCUGGGCUACAAGGACCUCGACCUCAUCUUCUGCGCCGACCUCAAGGGCGAGGCCGAGUUCCAGACCGUCAAGGAGGUCGUGCUCGACUGCCUCCUCGACUUCCUCCCCGAGGGCGUCAGCAAGGAGAAGAUCACCCCGCUCACCCUCAAGGAGGCCUAUGUGCAGAAAAUGGUGAAAGUGUGCAAUGAUUCAGACCGAUGGAGUCUUAUCUCCUUGUCCAACAACAGUGGAAAAAAUGUGGAGCUGAAGUUUGUGGACUCUCUGAGGAGGCAGUUCGAGUUCAGUGUUGAUUCUUUCCAGAUCAAGCUAGAUUCUCUCCUCUUGUUCUAUGAAUGUUCUGAAAACCCAAUGACCGAAACUUUCCACCCAACUAUCAUUGGGGAGAGCGUUUACGGGGAUUUCCAAGAAGCCUUUGAUCACCUUUGCAACAAGAUCAUUGCCACCAGAAAUCCAGAAGAGAUCAGGGGAGGUGGUCUGCUGAAGUACUGCAAUCUCCUCGUAAGAGGCUUCAGGGCUGACUCCGAAUCGGAGAUGAAGUCUCUCCAGAGAUACAUGUGCUCGAGGUUUUUCAUUGACUUUUCAGACAUUGGGGAGCAGCAACGGAAGUUGGAGUCAUACUUGCAGAACCACUUUGUGGGGCUGGAGGAUCGCAAGUAUGACUAUCUCAUGACCCUCCACGGGGUGGUGAAUGAAAGCACGGUGUGCCUGAUGGGACAUGAAAGGAGACAGACUUUAAAUCUGAUCACCAUGCUGGCCAUCCGGGUUCUGGCCGAGCAAAACAUCAUCCCCAACGUGGCCAAUGUCACUUGCUACUACCAGCCAGCCCCAUACGUAGCAGAUGCCAACUUCAGCAACUACUACAUUGCCCAGGUUCAGCCAAUGUUCCCGUGCCAGCAGCACACAUACUCCACUUGGUUGCCCUGUAAUUAACAGCUUUUGAUGGACUUGAGGGGGAAUGUGUUUUCUCUCAAGCCAAUUAAGAGGGAGGGUGCCACUUCCCUUUUGAAAAUGGGGUGGUUUCUGUGUAGUGGUGGGUCUGCUCUGGCUUCUGAGCUAAAAGGGAAGCUAUUGAUUCUCUUACUUAAUGUGACAGAGCAUGAUACAGAAAGGAACCAAAAGCUUAUUGGAUUCCACCCCAGAACAAAAAGGCCUGUCAUGAAAAGCAAACAGAUCCCCUUUGAAAUAAACCAAGGAGGAAUGCUUGAUGACAAUAUGGGUAGAAAACACCUGCUCCCAUAGCUAUGGCAUAGUGAAAGCUGGAAUCUUAAAAAACAAAAAAGAGGGGGAAGAAUAGGAGCACAGGAAAGGAGCUAAAUCCAUGUGCAGGAAUCUAACAUUAGUGGCCUCACACAAGAAAUGUGUUGGAAUAAGGUAUAUUUUGGAAUUACUGCCCUUUGGCCAUGCAUUUCAAUGCUGUCAAGUGGAAUGAACCCACAGAAUGUAUAGCUUGCUUGAAUAGAAUGCUUUGAGAGAAACAACUUGCUUUCAAGAAAGGAAUAGAUGGGUACAGUUAUAAUUUUUUUAAAAGAAAGAGAUAAGGAAGACAGCAUGCAGGGUGAUAGCAAAUUUCAUUAGUUCCAGCUGUGUGCAUGCUUCACAUUUUUUUUAAAAAAAAUGUGGAAAAGCAAAAAAUAAAACAAAAAAACAGCUGUAGCAAGCAACAUAUGCUUCAGGACCAAAGAUUUCACAGAUAAGUUAACUAAGCAAAGAACACAGUAAACUAUUACAAAAAGAGAAAAAAAGGGGAGAGGGGAGAGAUUACUAUAUUUGUACACACAAAUGUUAGACAAAAGUGCCUGAUGCCUUCAGAAAAUUUGAAGUGAGAAAAAUAUAGUUUUGUGGUUUAACUUUGCAUUUUUUUAAAAUCAGGGACACAAGAAACUAAAAAUAAGCUUGUGAAUAAAUGGUGGAGGAAAUGCCUAUUUUUUCCUGGCAAAUACCUAUAUAAAGUUUAUAUUGUUGGUGUGAUAUUAUCACAGGUACGCGUCUGUAUGUGCGUGUUUAUUUGUGUGUAUGAGUGUGUAUGUAACAUGUUAUUUGUAUAUAUACACACACCUUUUAAAUAUUGUCUAGGAAAAUGUAGCAACUUUAAGGAAUGUUUUACAUAAAAUAAAAUAUGUUUUCCAGUCUGCAACAGGAUGUUAGAGUACCGUGGGCACUUUGCAGAGAGAGUCAUUCCCCUGCGUCAGAAUAUGGGGGUAAACUAGCUAGUCAUAUAUAAAUUUGGAUUGGCUUUGGUUGCAAGAACACAUUUUAAUGCUAAUUCAUUGCCUGACUUGUGGCCUAAAGCAGCUUUAUGUCUGGACAAAAAAGUCACCUUUUUCCUCUAAACUUGUACUGUAAUAUGGUUUUGCGACUUAACUCGCUUAUUUUUGUGACUGCAUACCUCUAUGGUGUGUUAGAUGCCUGCUGCGAUAUGGUUCAAACAGACACCCAUCCUGAUAGCUAAAGAAUAUAGCUUUAGCCUCUCGUCUGAAUACCCAAUAUUAAUAUAUAUUUUAAUCUAGCCGAAUGCACAGUGCAUUCCAAGACCACUAGAAGUGAGUAAAUGUGAACCAUUAUGAAGAACAUUGAAUAGAUGUUUAAAAUGUAUAUUAUAUAUUAUGCAAAAAUUAAACAACUUUGCUCUGGUUGUCACACUGCAUUUGCCAGGAUAGUACUGUACCUUAUUUAAAAUGAAGCAAUUUUGCAUUGGAACAAAUAAUCAAAUUUAAUUUCCUUUUUCUCAAGAGACAGAUCAGGGAAAUUGUUGUACUGGGAGUGAAAAAGGAAAAAAAUAAAUGUUAUAGCACUGAACUGAAAAAAAAAUUACCCAUGCCACCCACCACUUUAGAAUCAAAUAAGACAGUAGUGCAUAUGCAGUGCAGGCAACAACAUGUUUAAAAGAGCAUCAAAUAUUUAAAGUGAGGGGAUUGAUAAAUUGCUAAAAACAGGUAUUUUAGUACCCCCUUAUUCAAUUGCAGCCCUGGCCAUAUAUUUCCCCUGUACUCACUUUCAAUUAUAGACAUUCCCUCCAAUUUUUACCAUCCCUUUUAUGUCUGAAGCAAAGUUUAGCAGAAUCUCAGUUUGUUUACUCAGUCCCCUCCUAUGUGAAUUUUUCAAGGGAUCAGUCAUUGCGCUGACUGUGGAAGCCCCAUGUCAUCACUUUUGCACUGUGUCCUCUUGAUGCUUGCUAACCGUGGCAUGAGAUGUACACUCACACACAGAGACUCACCCACAUGCAUACACACACACACACUGUAUGUAUGUCUAUCCUGCAGAUGCACAUAGUGCUCCGUGCUCAGUUGUGAACAUGAAAUGUUUGCUCCUGGGAGUCUUGCCCUACCAUAGCAGCAAAGCUGAGAGGGAGACAGUACUUUAUCCAAACCAAGAGUUUAGCCUCUGGUUGUUUGGAGGGCUUAUUGGUGAGGAAGCCAAGCUGAAGGUUGGGGAAAUAGGAUCAGCUGGUAACGCGGUAUGUCCUUUCUCACCACAGCUAUUUUGUUGCAAAUCAGUGAGUCAUCCACUACUGAAACGGGUUUGGGAAUCUCUUGUGCCACAGCCACAAAAUGCUGAUAAUACGUUAUACAUUUUCCUUCAGAGCAGGUUUUUCCAUCUUUUCUUAAAACAAACCCAAAUAAUUAGUGUUGUGACUUUGGGAUUACAGUCCUCCUUCCCCUCUAAUUGGGUUCUCUUGAUCAGAUUGGUAUUCUCUCUCUCUUUGGUCCAAUAGUAAUUUUGUUGGUAGUUUUUACAUAUGCUCUUGUGCUCAAUCUCAUGGAGUCUUUGUUUUUAAGUAGCUGGUUGCUUUAAGAGAAAGUGGUUUGAUGUUAGUAGAGAAAUGAAGCCAUGAUUUCAGGUCAGAAUGAAAAUAAGAGCACACGCCUAAACCCCCCACUUUAUGGAGCUCAGCUAUAUGUCUCCCACAAGGAGUAAUUUCUCAAAACAAAAAUAACAAAAUUGAAGAAGUAAAGGACUUGAUACCAUGUAGAAUCCUUCAGUAUUAACGCAGCAGAAUUAAAUUUAAAAUAUGAUUUCAUGAAACAAGGCUUUCUUUCCCAAUGCUGAUCUAAUGUAAGAUGUCUCGGAUACAAUCAAAUUAUUUCUGUUUCUCCUGAUGAAUUGUGAACCAAGAAGAAUCUGAAUUAGUUUUCAUACUAUUGGAGUUGUGGGGAGGAAGGGAAGGGAUGCCAGGCUUGUUUUUACAAUACAGUAGAAUUCACAAUCAUUUUAGUGUUGGUUAUUCAUAAAUUCCUAUUUUUCCAUAUACCCUGUGUAGAUCCAAAGUGAUUGCAAACCUCCUUUGCAUCCAUGUAAAUAUCACUCUCCUUUAUCAAAAACCUUUUCUGCUCUGGAUCAUUCCGUUCAGACAAAUAGAGUGGUUCUAUAUAUAUAUAUAUGUAAUCUGCAAUAUGCAAAAAUAAAGAAGAAAAAUGGGAGGCGAGGAAAAAAAUGCUAGCUCCGUAACUCUUGAUUUAAAUGCUUUAAAACUUAUUUGCUGCUAGGUAUUGCACAAAAUUUCAUGCACAGCUUAUAAUGCCUGUUGUAAUAUGCUUUAUUUGCAAGUUGUAUUAUUUUGAAGACUCUUACCAAUUGAGAGAAAGCUUUAAAUGGUUUAUGAGAGAAAAAAAUAUGGAAAAAAGAAUAGUGAAAGGAAUAUAUAUCUAUCUAAAUGACAUAUCCAGCACUUUUGUUCUUUGUUUUUACUUUUUUUGUUUUUUGGUAUGGCUUCCUGUUUUCACUGCAAUGGAGAAAAUCCAAAAUCCAUGUACAGGUUUUGCUGUUUGCUAUUUUUGCAACUAGUUAAACAUCAGAAAAGCCUACAGACUUCAGGACCGGGUUGGAGGUAGUGCCACAAAUUCUUGCAGUCUGUGGGAAGUGAUGCUGAUUUUGUUUUCCUUUAAAUUCCACACAACUGUUGUCUUCAGAGAGACAUCCUGCUGCACCAAACUGCUCCCUUGACUGCGUCUUUAGGAACGUUCAGACUCCGGGUUCUGUUGGCGGUUGAAACAAAGAGCAGAUGGAAAACAGACACUUUUAACCAACAAAAAGCAUUUGCUUCUGUGCUAGAGGGAACAGAUUGUGAAUUUUGUUUACAGCAUCCAAUAUUUGGAAUUUUUUGUAAAUAAAAAUGUUAUUUUUUCUAUU